AUGGCGCCAGGCCUCGAUGAGCUCUUGGACUUUUUGCUGUCAGAAAUUGCUCUGCUCGGCGUCCAAGGCGCCAGCAGUGCAGACUUUCGUCGUUUCAUUCAAAAGUUCUACGGAAAGCUUCAGGGUGAUGCACAAUGUCCAUCAAGUAGCCAAGACGAAACAUCGGUUGCGGAAAAAGGCCUCGACCGUCAGUUCUAUGAACGCACAUGGCAGUGGCUCACUAAUCAUCCCGAUAUCCGCAUUGUCUACCAGUCAGAGAUUCGCCACUACACUCUCUCCGAGUUUGAAGCGGCUGAGCUACAUGAGACUGGCACAACUGGAGACGGACAUGUAGUAGAGCCUGACCAGGAUUUGAGCGCCUCCGCAACCCAGAGGGCACAUCCCUCCAAGGCCCUGAGUGCGUUAGGAGAAGCCCUGCGACAACGAAUCCAUGGCGAAGAUGGCGGCUCCCGAAAAACCUUGAGCGUCUCAAACCAGGCUGCAACCCCACUGCCUGCACGUCGGCCAUCUCGCAGCAUGCCCGACGCCCUAUACACCACAACGGCAGUUUUUGACGAGCCAAACUCCAGCACGACUGCACCUCGUCUGUACACAAGUCAAGGCAGAGUUUGGCAGGCUUUGACAGGACACGGCAUCGAUCUGAAAAAGGUUCCGAGUAUGGAGUUUGUGCUGCUUUCGCUCAUCGCGGCUCGCGGAGCCACGGGCAUAACCCAGCCUGAACUUAUUGCACUGAGCGGCCAAGACAAGCGAUCAGUACCGCACAGGACAGAUGAACUAGCGCGUAAAAACUACAUAUCCAAGUAUCCUGUUCAGUCCAAUAAGAUGCGAACCAGUCUCUGCAUCCACACAAAGUUCGUUUCCCAGAACGCUUUCAUUGAGUCUAGUGCUGUGGAAGAUGUCUACCAAGAAGACGGAACGUUCGUGGUUCGGAGCUUUCCACAUUUGCUGUACAACAAGGUGGGCGAAGGGGGUAUUGUUCCUACGAGGUCGAUACGCGAGAAGCUGGGCGUGCCAAUGUCGACAUGGAACAAGCGGGCUACCCAAGGCGCCCUCAUCCGACUCGAUCAGAGCGGAAUGAUCAAGCGAAGGAGAAUACGCAAGAAGCAGUCUACCGAUGCUUGGGUCACCUGUAUUCAAGUGCUGCGUGCGCCAACCGACGAAGAUAUGAAGAACCUUGGAUUUCGACGCACAGCAACCCUUGCAGACGAAUCAGCUGCAGAGCCACUCGACGAUAAUGCUGACGGUGACUCCGUAAUGAAGGACUUUGAAGACGACAUGUUGGAUGACGCGGAAACAACUAUCGAUGCUCAAGCCAAUGCACCAGCUGUUGACAAACCGGAAGUCAUACCUCCGCAAUGGACACCGGAUCGCUUUCUUCCCAACAUAGUUUUCGAUGCCGUCGCCCUGGGUGGUCCUCGCGGAUGGGAUGCUGAGACUCUGCGAGACCGGAUCGUCGGGCCAUUUUGGAGGCGCCCAAUGGAGUCGUAUUUCUCUCGCAUGACAAACGACUGGGAGAAGACACAACCUAUUCAUCUGAGACAUCUAUCUGUCAUCAGAGACCAGGGCGUUACCGACGAAAAGAAAUUCCUUCACUACGUAUACCGCACAUACGCCAACUUUGAGAAAGCUGUCGAGCUUCAUUACGCUCACUGGGAAGGCGUUGCUAACUUUGAGCCUAACGAGCCAUUGGAUCCUGCAAGUAAUGGCGCUGUCCUCGAUGCUUGGGGUUUCCCUAUCAUUAAACCAGAGAACCUGGUACGAGGAUCUGGUUCAGCAACAUUGUCUGAUGCUGGCUCAGCUGUCAUGAAGCCGCGCAAAUAUGGUUCGCGAUGGGAUACUGCACUAGCACAAGAGAUUGGGUACAAGAAGUAUUCCAGUGCUGUGCCAAAAGUAAAAUCAUCGCGUGGAGUAGGCCGCCCCAAGAAGCCAAAGGUCGUCAAAGAGAAGCCCGUCAAGGUCGCCAAAGAGCCGAAACCACGAAAGUCAAAUUCAGGUCUUUUGCUCACGUCAGAGGAGAAGAUGGCCCUAGGUUUGGAUCCCAAUGUUCGUUUGAGCAAGAAGGUCCGGGCACAAAUCCUUGCGCACCGCCAGAUGACAGGAGAUCCGACAUCGUUGCCAGAUACAGUUGAGCAUGGCCAAGCCAAGCGCCAACUCAGUGUACCUCUCAUGACAAAAGAGGAGCGAGUCGCUGCAGGCCUUUCAGCAAGAGGUCGUUUGGGUAUAGAGCAAGAAAACAAGAUUCGAGAACAGCGCGGGCUGCCAAAAUUGGUGAAGAAAGAAAAGAAGCGAGCGACAAAAUUCUCCAAAGAGCCCACACUGCUCAGCAAGCAACAAAGGAAAGCGUUGGGCUGGAAGGACCACGGACGAUUACCGCAAGAUCUCAUCGAAGGUCUUCGUCAGGAGCGAGCGGAAGGCAUUGCUCUUGAAGAUUCCAAAGUCAUUGCCAAGUAUAUGGACGUGAUGAGGGCGAAGGUCUUGACGCCAAAAACCCCCAACAAGGCCAGUAGGUCCUCGCAAGAAACCACUGUGACUUCGCAAGAGCCUGAAGACCCACUGGAGAACAGAGAAGCAGAGCAAAUGUCAAGAACUAUCUCAACAGAACCGCAUCUUUCUGAGAUUUCAUUGCCGCAUAGCGUCUCAGGGAAGCGAAAGGCUGAUAUCCCAGUGGCCGCACCGGCAUCAACGAAGAAGCGGCGCAUCGCAACAAAAACUCGGCAGGACUCGAAUUCAUUACCCUUAUCACCAAUGGCAUCCUCUCCAGCUGACAUCACAUACAUUCCUGAAAGUGGUACGCCGUCGGUCAUUCAUGGUGUACACGAUACAGGCGAUACGAUCUCAUCGAUUGUUUCCAGAGUCAUUAAGCCAGCUGAAGCAACACCUCCACCAAGCGAGGGGCCUAUCUUGCCAACUGUGGAAGCUCAGCCUCCCCCGAAGCCUCCAGUGAAGACCUAUCUGCCGCUUGACAACUCUCAACUCGAUGCUAGAGCGCAAGCUGCCUUCGACCAGUAUAAGAAACGAUCAUCCCCAGGGCUGUAUGUCAAUCCCUACAUGAAGCAAAAGGUUGCCCGAGGGAGGCCGCGCAAGGCAAUGAUUGCAACCUUUAAGCUACCGAGUUUAGCAGAGCUUGACUGGUUCGAGGCGGAGACUGCUCCGGAGCAAUCGACGAAUCGAGAUGAUGUAGCGCAUACUUCUGACACUACGCAAACAACCACGGCUCAUCGUGUGGAUGAAGUCAUUCCCUCACGGAAAGCCUCGCAUCCUUCAGAGCCAGAGACUUCACGAGCAGGAAUGCAGAUGCAAAGUGACCGUGAAACACAUCAGAACAUUCAGAACUAUACUCCACCGCCUUCCAUAGCCGACAAGCCUGCCUCGGUCGAGCCUGAGGGACUUCCAACCACUAGCGAGAAUUGCACAGAUGUGCCGAUAGAGCCCGAGGAGCAACCGAUCGCCAGUGAAGAUAUCACAGAGAUACCCAUCGAGCUUCAAGAACCACCAACUGCCGGUGGAAAGAGUACAGAAGUGCCGAUCGAGCCUGCAACGGACUCUGUGGCUGCUAGUCAAGAAGUUGAGACCGUUGUGUCCCCACCUGCGGGCCCAGACCCUAGCCAAAGCAAAAGCCAGUCCGAAAUUGUCUCUGAUAUGGUGAGGAAACAAUCUCCACGUCCAGUUCCCUCACUAUCACGGAUGGUAGGUGGUUGGACACCCAUCAAUGCGUCUGAGCGCUCCCGUACUUCACCAUACCAGAGCCCCUAUGCCACCAGUCCAGCACCGGAAAAUCAUGUGGCACAGCAGACUGCAGAUACCACUCAUGCAAACGGUGUGCCAGCCCCCUCAGCUGAUGGGUCACGCGGGACCGCCUCUAAGGCAGAUGAUGACCAAACUCUCCCUGAUGGCGUACAUAGCGCUAUUGUAGAAGCUCCUGUGCCCCCCGUACCGGGUACUAAGCCAAGGAUUAAGGAGCCUGGGAAAGGCGGUAGUCAGCGUCAUUUUAGGCAGCAAGUCAUCUUGGACAUCAUCAAACGCUGCAACGGCGUGUUCCCUGGUGGGGGUGAAAUUCUACGACCUUUCCUUACGAUUUGGCGCGAGCGACACUCGAAUAUCAAAGAGCCGUCCCUCAGUACCAUCAGCGAAACCCUGAGGAGUAUGGCUUCUCGUCCAGAAUUUGGCUUGAAGCACUGGAACUUUGCUGCACAAAACAAGAACACGCCAGGCACGACCACCCGAAGGAUGUUCACAUGGGCACACCUGAACGAAAGGAGCCCGGAGGUCUUGAAACUGGCACACAACAUGGCUCAAUAUUCUCAUCAAAAGGAACACUCUGCCCGUGUGUCGGAAAAAUCCCUUUUGUAUUACCCGGAGGAGAUUCGUGACCUCAUUGGUGAGGUUGUCUCGUAUCAACCGAUCCAAGCCGCCCCCAAAGAUGAUAGUAUUGUCCUCAACCGAAUGAACCCCGAUCUUGAGAAACAGAUCAACGAAGCCAAACAACGCCGACGGUCAGAAUUGAACAAACAGAAGAGGCUGGAGGUCAAGGCUCGCAAAGUACAAGAUGCUCGGGUUGAACAGGCGCUUUCGAAGCAGGCUCCAGAGUCUGGUGGUGCGCCACGGGGGAAGCGGGCGAGACUAGCAAGUUUGAACGAUAAAAGCAAGCACCUUCGGCGAGCACCGCUGUAUACUGCAGACAUUGGGGCGCUCGGCGAGGAGUCUGAUGAUGCAGAAACCGGCGGACCCGACGUUGGUGCGGCUGAGAAGCCUGGUCAAAUCUCGCUUGUCUGGACGCGUCCUAUCGGUGCACCUGUACCAGAACGUGAGCCAGUACCCAAUGGAGAGCAAUCCGAGGAUGAAGAGAGUGAAGACGAACCAGCAGAUGAGGAUGUCAAUACCCAGGACCCGUGUUCGGUUGCAGAACCAGUUGAGGAACAUGCGCUGAAUGGCGUUAUGACUGUUGCAUCUCAACCUACAGGAGCGAACAACGACGAACCUGAACUGCCUGGUGCUGAACCCACUGACCCGUCUGAUCAAGCUGCUACUGCCGAGAAGGGCAAGAAGCGUGUACGAAUUGCUGCUCCUCGCGACCAACCUUCUCAGAAGAGGGUGCGUUUAGUGCCUACGACUACCAAGAGUUCGCAGGAUGAUGUAUAUACGCCUCAACACAGCUCUGAUGAGGAUACGCAAUCUGCUUCGCAGACAGAGGAUGAAGGUGAAGAAAACGGUGAGACAUUGAUGCGCAAGACGAAAAAGCGGGAUGUCAGGACAUCUCACAGCCGCCAGCGAGGAAAGCCUGGUCCUCCGCCAACGUUACUCGAACGUCUCACCGGCCUUACGGGCGAUCCGAAUGAUCCAGUCUACCAGCCACCUCAGGGCGCUCCGAAGCCUGAUGUGACAUCCCGCCCAUGGACUGACAAGAAGAAAAUACGUCUUAAUAGAAGUAAGAAGGAAUUGCAGUACACGAAAAAAGUUGAACAAGCGGACGAGUUUAAGAAGCUCUUCUGUACCUUCGCUGUCGCCUGUUCGUUGUCUGGAGAAGAUGGUAUGGUCGACUGGAACAUUGUCAAGAGCGUUUAUGCAAAUGACAAGACCUUCGAUCUGAACAGGGCUCGCAAGCUUUGGGCCUGGAUGCAAACUCGGAUGGCUAAGCAAGUGGACGAACUGACUGUGUCCUUCCAAUCGCUAUACCUGGAAGCUUAUGAGACUGGAAAAGUGGCUGCAAUCGAAGAUCCGCAGACGUAUGACUGGGCAGGCCUCGUGCGAUGGACUACACGAAAAUGUGCCUAUCCUGAGCUUCCUCUUCCCACUUUGCGGGAAGCCCUGCAGAAAUUUGCGGUUCAGGAAUCCAGCUACGAGACUUUGGACCGAGUAACUUGGUACAAGGCAACAACCGCGGAUCGCACAAGGACAAUGCUUCAGCUGCAAUACUCGUUCACAGCUCCCCUUCACCGGUCACGAAAUGCGACCUGGUCGUCUGAGGAUAAGCUUCUCAAGGCACGUUCAUGGAUUCGGGCAAACACGGCAACGCCACAGACCCUCUAUGAUGCUAAUCUGGCGCACGAGAAGUUCAAGGACCUGGGCGAAUCAGUACUGGUCAGCGUGGUUGGAAGCUUAGUGGAGAAACAACAUCUCAGGAUGCGAAAGCUCAAGCGCCUUUUACCUGGACGCAACUACAACUUUACUCAAGCCCUGGCGAAGAAGUAUGCGCGAUUGUUCCAGCUGGAUGACUUCUUAAAGGCAGUCGAGGUCAAGAAAAAGAUGGAUACUGCGUUUGCAAGCGAAGAUCCAAAGACGCGAUCGUACAAUAUUUCACGGUGCGAAGAAGACAGUGUCUUUGCAGCCAUCAUGACAAUGGUCACCGAGGGAACGGUCAAGCUCAUUCCGCAGCUACCCCCUAUCAACAAUGACUUCAAAGCUCCACUCCCGAAGCUGUCAGUCUGGGGCUUUUGCGAGGGCGGUUACAACCAUCGAGCAAUUGAUCGAAGCCGCCUGUUCUGGGAUAUCCACGUCGUUCCCACUGAAAAGUACAAGUUCGGCAACCCGUUGCAAACACUGUCUUCACCGACCCUGCCUAAGGACAACCAGGAGAACGCAUCUUGGCAAGCUCUGCCCGAGCCGCCUCUUCCUGGGAAGGAUGAUUCACGUGCCUUACUUCCUAUUUGGAGCAGUAUCGAUGGUCAACAUGUUACGUGGCCCUGGUGGUACCGCGUCCUGAACCUUGUGUUGCAACCGUUGAUUUUCAUGGCCGGCGCCACUGCAGCCGAUGUUCAUUCCCACUGCCCAGACAAUACCACUGAGCUUUUUGAGGUUGAGCUCGUCUUGGGAUGGCUCGAGUCUGUCGGUGCAGUUAAGAAGACGGUCGGCGGUGGUUACAUCACCCUCCCAUGCUUCUGGGCUGUUUUCGGUGACGAGCUACACGACACGGCAAAUGAUUGGUUUGGCGAACAUGUUAAGCGAAAGCCAAAGAACCACGAGAAGCAGCGUUGGCGCUUAGAUUACAAUCUGAGACACUCUACACUGCAAGCACACACCACACAGCGCGCUGGCACUACUUCUGCCAUGGACGAAGAAGGCCAUACAAACACAGCAGACGCUGGCGCGGUAGAGACGCACACCAGCCGUCAGAUCUUGAAGAAUCCAAGCCAGCAGUAUCGCAUCGUGCAGCAAGCCCUCGACGCUCAGCCACCCCAAGAGCAUCAGGACCGAUCAGACACUGUCGUAACCAACAGUUCGGCAGCCACCAAAGAGGUUGAACAGUCCCCUCCUACUGAGACGACAAAGAAGUCCGACGAGGACACAGAGAUGGCAGAUGCCAACAUGGACGCAGAGUUUGAUGAGGACGUCGACGCCGAGGGCGAAAUCGAUGACGACGUAUACUAA